AUGGAGAACCCCUACUACGCGAGCUUCCUCAAGAAUCACCACCGCCGCUACUGCUUCUCCACCCCGUCGUCGCCGUCGCCGGCUGGCGCUUACUCCUCCUCCGCCUCCUCCUCCUUCCCGUUCUUUCCGACGGUGGGGGUGACGUCGACGAUGGCCGCGACGCCCCCGACGACGACUGCCCCGCCGUCGCCUCCGCUCCGGGAGGCCUUGCCGCUACUGUCCCUCACGCCCGCCUCGCGCGGCGGCACGACGGCGGCGCAAGAGCGUGCGCGGCAGCGUGGGGAGGACUGCACCGACGACGACGACGGCGCGGAGGAGGAGGGGGCGGACGAGGAGGACGUGCCGGGCUCGACGCCCGGCGGCGGCGGCGGCGAUAGACACCACCAGCUCCGCCGUCGCCGCGCGGGGCGGCUCUUCGCCGACCUCAACACCAAGGCGGCGGCGGGAGACCCGAUGGACGACGCGUACAGCGCUAUCGCCUUCUCCGUUGCGGCCGCACCCAUCACCGUUACCGUCAAUGUCCAUGGGAGCGCGAGUGGUGGAGGGGGCGGCGUCGGGAACGACAGUGGCCUUCGCCAUUGA